AACCAUCGGGCGCACUCUCUCCUGCUACUGUGCCUCGACUCUGCAUGCUGUCAGCCUGUAUGCUACAUCACCAUCGCCAUGCGCAUGCGUGUUGUUAUGCACCGGAAGCCCGGAUCUCUUUCCUACGGCCUGCCGUGUGCCCCCUCCUUUGAAAAUCUCUUGCAGCCAUGAUCGAGAUCAAUGUUUUCUUACGCCUUACCUCUGAUAGACCUCGACCAACAGCUCCUUUAUCGUCAUCAAGUUUCGCCCCCGCCCCCCGCCUAUUGGGCGUCGAGAGCGUACGUGAGGGUAGGGAAAUGGCCGAGUUUGCCCUGAUGUAUAAGUUCUCUGAUCCCCAGCCCUGGGAGGCUUCUGCUCUGGUUGCGGUAUUGCUACUGCUGCUUACCGACCGCUUCAGCUGCAAGUCUGUCGUCGCCGUCCUCUGCGCAUUCGGGACAUCCAAUCUUCCCCGAGACGACGUGGACGCCUCGUCGCUGGACCGAGCUGGUCACUUGACUUCAAAUGGCGGGGUAUCGGUGUGGCUUGACAUUAGCCAUCAUUCCUGGUACCAGAAUGAUGGUAUCUAACUGGUAAUUGCCAUCUCGUCUCCAACGCCCAGUGUCCGGUGAAGGCGGUCUGGCCCAAUGCUGGAAUUUCGGCUGCCCGCUUCUGCUAGUCUGACACACCCGUACACAGCAAAAAUACACCGAAACCCUCACACUCGGUAGCCAGCAGACAAGAUGAACAAAUAGUGUUGUUAUAAUGACCCCCCCUUCUCAGCGUCGUCUGAUAUCGUGUUCCUCCUUCACUCGGCUCUAGACCUGUUGAAGGUCAACGCUCGUUCAACCCCCCCCCCUUUCGAUCGUGGGAUGUGCUCACCCAAGGUAUCCAAUUAAACAUGCUCACCGCCGCGCAACUUGAUCAAAAUGCGGCCAAACCCCAAACCGCAAUCCGACCGAACGCAAAAACGUUGUCCUCGUUCCCCGUUCCCCGUUCCUCCCUCAUCCUGUCUCCCUUCCUCCCCUCCCCCCCUCUC